AUGGCCUCUGACCGGCGACCCUCUUUCAGCGCCUCCUCCAACACGUCGCACUCCUCCAGUGAAAGAAGACGGCCAUCUUCUUCAUCCUACAAUAGGCCCUCCUCGCCCUUGUACAGACUGCCUCCCCUGCCUCCCUCCACAGGCUCCCUCACGACCGGCACAUCCAUCCCUGCCCCUGCCCCAAUCUCUCCAAAUUUCGCCGCGUUACCCCCUGUUCCACCGCCUAAGGAUCCACCAAUGACCCAUCCCAUCACGCCGAAACGCAAGCCCGUCGAACGGCAGAAGAGCCCCUUGAGCAAUGAAGCAUACUUUUCGAGCCCGGCCUCGAUAAUGCCCGGCGCCUUUCCCACUACACCGCCAGCUUCAUCGCCUGUGCAGAAUGCAGGAUACAACGCUUCGCCUGCGGCAUCAAAUAAUACACCUUCGCCGACUUCCAAGAGUCCGAAGAGACCAGGUAGUGUUCGGAACUUCCUCUCCUUCAAAGCUCUCCGACGAAGCUACGACAAUGCCUCCCUCCAUUCCCAGAAUGACCGACCGGCAUCUGCGAGUGGGGAGAGUUUCACAUCUAGUCUACGACCGAGUUUGAACAAGAAGAGGAGCGGGACAUUCUGGCGUCGGAAGAGCAGUCUGGGCAUGAAUUUUGGGGAGGAUACUCCGGCUUCCCCUUCGAGCCCUGUGACGAGAGGUGAUUCGGUGGCAGAGGAGGCAAGACCUCUGAGCCCAGCGCCGAAGGAUGACAUACAAGGUGUGCAAACUAGAAAGAGCGGGACAUUCUGGAGGAGGAAGAGCAAUCUAAAUUUGGCUAACGCGUUUGCCGCAAUGAAUGGGAAGGAGAACCAGGCACAGAAUGCAGGCUUGAAUGGCGAAUCGACGGGGGCUACGGGCAGUAGUACGAAUGAAGGACAGGACAACAUGACUGAUGGGAGCCAUGAGGCGGAGGAGGAUGCGACAAUGGAAGACUUGGAUUCGGAGAAGACGCUGCCAGAGAUUGAGGAACCACUGCCGCCAAGGUCAUACAGUCCGCCGCCGCAAUUGCCGGUGUUUGUGGGUGGCGGGGGAGGGUUGGGCGGGGAAGACUUGUUCAAGGAUAUUCACUAG